AUGGGGUCAAGAUUUGUCUUUGUCGAGAGGCCACUAGAUCCCAUCUUUGAAGAUUUGCUCAGCGUACAGACGAUCAAGGAUUUUGACAACCGAGUGAUGGAAAUCUACUCUACCAUAGAUGUGCAAGGAAGAAACAAGAUAAAUUACAACCAGCUAUCAGACUCGCUCAAACGGGUGAAGAUCGAACCCCAGAUUCGACUCUCAAUUGAUGAUUACGAGAGGAUUGUGGAACAUCUAGGAAAAACCAAAUUAGACUGUCUUUCAUCAAGUGAAUUUCUUGCGGCCGUGAAAGAAGAGUUCCUCGAUUUCUGUCAACGACAUAUCGACAAAGCUAUCCCAACAGUACAUAAACAUGACCCACAGCUGACUCUUACAAUGGCAGCGAUAAGGAUGCUCUUGUCCGAGAAGGAGCAGCGGAAGGCGAUCUUGGACCUCCAGGGCUCAUCGCGCGAGCAGGAUGCAAUCAUUCAGAACUUACAGCAAGAGAUGGCGCAAAUGAAGGUCCAAGUCUUCUUCGCCUCCACCAGGCUCGCAACGUCGGCCAACUUCAGUCGCAGCUCGAAAUGUCAGCGCACGAGUUACGAACCAAACAAGAUCGGGAAGCAGCCAGCGCAGGAGGACGAUCACCACGAGGACGAGGCUAAAUAUGAACCUUUGAAGUUCCCCAUCCGCGUUGACCCUGACAGCCCGCCCGAGCACUACCCGUACGACGUGUGGGAGUGCAUCGUGACUGGGCCGUUGUCGGAUCGAAGUCUCAUCAAUGCGAAGUACCUGGAGGAGGAAGACGCCUCCAUGUCGGGCAGUGAGGGAGUGAUAACGAUGCGCCUGCCUGAGCAUGAGAUCGUCAUCCAGGCAACGUAUGGAAAGAAGGAGCGCAGGGGCAAUCAGAUUCAGCUCGGGUAUACGAGAUCUCCUCUGACGGUUUCGAAUGCCAACGAGUUGAGACUGGGAAUGGAGAGCUUGAGAGCAACUGUACCGCAGAGGAGGAAGGGGAUGGGGGGAGGAAGCUAUCGGCAUGGUUCUGCCCUGAUUCUAAUCACGUCCCUGGAGGGGAAGGUUGGAUUCUGGCAAACAGGGAUGUUCAUGAAAGAUCCAGUCUCGCAACUCAAGAUUCUGCGAGUGGGAAGAUGGAGCAUGGAGCUCGUAUGGCCAGGAUUCAACAUUUGCGUCCUGAACCUUCACGCUGGCGACCUGCAACUUUGGCUGACUCAGAACGGGUUCUACUUCUUCGGAGGGAAGGAGGGGUGCACGGCUACCAAGACGCUGGUGGGAGGAUGCGUGAAGGUGGAGGGAGGGAGCGGAGGGCCAAGACGCAUCAAGCCCACUGAUGGGAAGGAAGAGCUGUAA